CUCGGAGGAGUCGCGUAGAGUCGUUGACUCAUGUGGAGGUGGAUCUCUUAUCUUCGGUUGUUUUUUUAGGCUGAUCGUGGUGUCCCUCUUCCCUCACUGAUUGAGGCCAGAUUCAGUGAGGCAGCAGAUUCCCACGCUCCUUCCCUGCUCAAUCGCUCUUCACCAGCUUUGUCUUGUGACGGUUCCGCCAUGUCGUCAUACAAGAUUGCCGUGGGUAGAACCACAAGGUUUGGAGGGGUUCACAGUGUGCCGCAUCGCCUAUCUACAUAUGCUGCCCUAUCCCAGACCCCAUACUCCCCACUCUCAACAGCAUCACGAACCACAAGCAUGGGUUCCCAGGGUCUCAUGUCUUCGUUGCCCAUCCCAGCUUGGCUCCAGGGCCAGUCAACUCGCACCUUCUCGACCACUCCUCGUCAGAGACGUCUGACCAUCGAGAACAUCAACCAGAAUGUCGUCGAGGCCGAGUACGCCGUCCGCGGUGAGCUCGCCGUCAAGAGCGAAAAGUACCGCGAGCAAUUGAGAAAGGGCGACUCCUCAUUGCCCUUUGACACCAUCAUCUCGGCCAACAUCGGCAACCCUCAGCAACUCGACCAGAAGCCCAUCACCUUCUUCCGCCAGGUCUUGUCCUUGAUGGAGAACCCUCUCCUCCUCGAACACCCCGACGUCCUCACCAAGACUCUUGGUUACAAGCAGGACUCGAUCGAUCGCGCAAAGAAGCUGCUGGACGAUGUCAAGAGCGUGGGAGCAUACUCGGCCUCGAAGGGUGCCCCUGGUAUCCGUCAGAGCGUCGCAAACUUCAUCGAGAAGAGAGAUGGCUACCCCGCCGAUCCCGAGAGCAUCUUCCUGUCCGCCGGCGCUUCGGGUGGUGUCAGUACCAUGAUGAACGUCAUGUGCGCUGACGCAAACUCCGGCGUCCUCGUUCCCAUUCCGCAAUAUCCUCUCUACACCGCCACUCUCGCCCUGCUGAACGCAAAGUGCGUUCCCUACGAACUCGAGGAAGAGAAGGCUUGGGGUACAAACCUUGAUGCCAUCCGUGCAUCAUACGCAAAGGCAAAGGCUGAAGGUACAAGCGUUCGCAGCAUUGUUAUUAUCAAUCCUGGUAACCCCACUGGUGCUUCCCUCACUGUCGACGACAUCAAGUCUGUCAUCAAGUUCGCUGCCGAGGAGAAGCUGGUCGUCGUAGCCGAUGAGGUGUACCAGACCAAUGUCUUUGUCGGAAAGUUCACCAGCUUCAAGCAAUGUCUUAGAGAGCUUCAGCAAAGUGAUGAGAACAAGGACGGCAGAUUCGACACUCUCGAACUCGUUAGCUUGCACAGUAUCAGCAAGGGUAUGAUUGGCGAGUGUGGACACCGUGGUGGUUACUUUGAGCUUGUCGGCUUUGACGAGAAGGUCACCGAGCAGAUCUACAAGUAUGUCAGCAUCCAGCUUUGUCCUCCCGUUAUCGGCCAAUGUCUGGUUUCCCUCAUGGUCGAGCCUCCUGUUGAAGGCGACCCGUCAUACGACAUCUACCACAAGGAAGAGCGCGGUAUCUUCGACGGUCUUCAGAAGCGCGCCACUGCAUUGUACGAAGCCUUCCGCGAGAUGGAGGGCGUUUCAUGCCAGUCGCCCACCGGCUCCAUGUACCUCUUCCCCACCAUCACUCUUCCUCCCAAGGCCAUUGAGAAGGCCAAGCAAGAAGGCAGAAAGCCCGACGAGUACUACUGUAUGAGAUUGCUGGACGCCACUGGUGUCUGUGUUGUUGCUGGAAGCGGCUUCGGUCAGAAGGAGGGAACACUUCACUUCAGAACCACUUUCCUUGCUCCUGGUACCGAGAUUCUUGUGUAAAGAUAGGGCGAGGAGGCUCUUUCUGUCAUCUUCAUUCGAGCGGGCAUGGCGCUUUACUACAUGGAAUGCAUGUUGGACCUUUUUUUAAUUUGCGACUGCUUUGAGGCUUCUUCAGAGCGACUUUUAUGAUACAAUUACGUUUCUUGUUUCCGUGCACUC